AAUACAGCGGAAGCUUCCCUUUUGUUAAACAUCGAUCAUUUAGGUAGCUAGUUCCCAUUUCAUUCAUACACAAACACAAUUCGUGAAGCCAACAUUUGAUCUCUGGAGCUGAAAGGGGAGGACAUCCGUCCAUCUUGAAGCAAAAGCCAUCAAGUGCAAUGGCAAUGGUGCUGGAUGCAUUUGCAUCCUACUUGGCAGACUUGCUCACGCAGGUGGAUGCACAGGAGCUGGAAAUGCACAUUGAUGCCUCUGACGAGAUAGACAAGAUGGGGAACAAGCUUCACGACCUCAAGAACUUCCUCGCAGAUGCCGAUAGGCGCAACAUCACCGACAAGAGCGUCCAAGAGUGGGUGGGGCAGCUGAAGCGUGCAAUGUAUGAAGCUGCUGACAUCCUCGACCUUUGCCAGCUCAAGGUCGUGGAGAGUGGAACAUCACAUGUAAACGUAGGGUGUUUAGACCCCCUUCUCUUCUGCAUGCAGAAUUUCAGAGGGUGUUUCAAUCCCCUGCUCCUGUGCAUGCAGAAUCCCUCUGAUGCUCAUGAGAUCGGCACCCGCAUCAAGGCGCUCAACCAGAGGCUUGACACCAUCAAGGAGCAGAGUGUUGCUUUCGGCUUCAUCAAUCUUGGGCCCAAUGAGGAGCAUAGCAGUAAUAUGCACAUGUCCCAUCGUCGUAAUCCUAGCCGGGAGAUGUCGGGGGAUCCCGACCGGUUCGGCGUGGUUGGAGAGAAGAUCGAAGAAGACACAAAAUCACUGGUGGCUCAGAUCAUGCAGGCAGGAAACAAAGUCAACAACAACAUCAUGGUGCUUGCCAUCAUAGGUGUCGGCGGGGUUGGCAAGACCACGCUCGCUCAGAAGGUCUUCAAUGAUAAGGCCAUCCAAGGUGAGUUCAGCAAAAAGAUAUGGUUGAGCAUCGACAAAAACUUCAGUGAGGUUGAGCUCUUGAGAAGAGCGGUUAUUGAAGCCGGAGGAGACCACCGGCGGGCUGGAAAUACGAAGGCCACACUUGAUCAAACCCUCAAGGAUGCCUUGAUUGGCCACAAGACCUUACUGGUAAUGGAUGACGUGUGGAACCAUGGAGUAUGGGAGGGUGUGCUCAAAGUUCCCUUCAAUGCUGCUGCUUCAGGCAGCCAAGUCCUAAUCACCACCAGAGAUGAAGGUGUUGCGCUGGGCAUGAUAGCCACAUGGCCCUACCACCAUGUCAACACAUUACCACCUGACGACGCUUGGUUAUUGCUCAAGAAGCAGGUACUCUCAAGUGAUAUAGAUGAAAAACACAUCAAUAUGCUGACGGAUAUUGGAUUGAAAAUUAUACAAAAAAUUGGUGGUUUACCACUUUCCAUUAAAUUAAUGGGAGGAUUGUUGCGUGAAAGAGGAGGGACGCGUCAUUACUGGGAGAAGGUGUUGGAUGAUUCUAAGUGGUCAAUGGCUAAAAUGCCUCGAGAGCUCAAUUAUGCAGUAUACUUGAGCUAUGAAGACAUGCCUUCUUAUUUGAGGCAGUGCUUUCUAUACUACUCUCUUCUUCCUAAACGGAAAAAAUUUCAUGUGAGUGAAGUAGUUGCCAUGUGGAUUAGUGAAGGAUGUAUUCAUGGAAGCUUGGAUGAUUUAGAAGAAUCUGGAAGAUAUUACUACAAUGAGCUGAUAUCUAGGAACCUAAUAGAGCCAGAUAAAUCUCAUUUUGAUCAAUCUUAUUGUAGCAUGCAUGAUAUUGUUCGCUCAUUUGCUCAAUAUAUGACUGAAGAUGAAGCACUUAUAGCUCACAAUGGAGACAUCAAUAUUCUUGCUGAACUCAAUUCACAAAAGUUUCUUCGGUUGUCUAUAGAAGCCAACGGACUACAGCCAGGUGAAAUUUAUUGGAAAUCUAUACACAAGCAACAUGUGAGAACGUUGAUCUCAACUAUCCAGAUCAAGAUGAAGCAUGGUGAUUCAUUGGAUACCUUUUCUUGUCUGCGGGUUUUACAUAUAGAAUCUGUGGAUGUGGCCACAUUGGUUGAAUCGUUGCAUCAACUCAAGCACCUAAGGUAUCUGGCAUUGAUAAAUAGUGAUAUAGCUGUACUUCCAGAGAACAUUGGCAAUAUGAAAUUAUUGCAGUUCAUUAACCUUUGUGGAUGCACACAAUUGGUGAAACUUCCUGAUAGCAUUGUAAACCUUGGCCAGCUGAGGUUACUUAGUAUUCCAAGCAUAGAUAUGAUACCUAGAGGUUUCUGCAGCCUGACAAGUAUGAGGAGACUAGAUGGCUUUCGAGCCCACAUGGACGGUGAUUGGUGCAGUUUGGACGAGUUGGGUCCACUUUCCCAACUCAGGACUCUUAAAGUAAUUCAAAUGGAGAGUGUAUCUGCUGCUUCGUUUGCUGCUAAUGCUAGGCUUGGUGAGAAAAUACAUCUCAUCGACCUAUUCUUGCACUGCACCAGCAAAUUGGGAGAUUAUUGGUUUUGUAAAGAGUAUGAAGGCAUAUCCGUACAGGAGCAGCAACGAAUUGAGAAGGUGUUCGAUGUGCUCUGCCCUCCCCCUAGUGUAGAAGGUCUUCAUAUCGAAGGGUAUUUUGGCCAGCAACUCCCGAGCUGGAUGAUGUCCACAUUGACAGUGCCCCUCAACAACUUGAAGACACUAUAUUUUUCUGACCUGGCAUGCUGCACACAACUUCCCAAUGGGUUGUGUCAGCUCCCCUAUCUGCAAUUGCUUGAGGUCUGCAAUGCUCCAUGCAUCAAGCGUGUUGGGAGUGGAUUCUUCCAGGCAGCGGCAACACCAUUUCCAAGGUUAAACAAUUUAUCCUUAAUAGGAAUGGUUGAAUGGGAGGAAUGGGAGUGGGAGGAGAAGGUGGAAGCUAUGCCUCGUUUGGACGAGCUCUUGCUCUGUAAUUGCAGACUCGGGCGUGUUCCUCCUGGGCUUGCCUCCAGUGCAAGGUCUUUGAGAAAAUUAAUCAUACAAGAUAUCAAACACCUGAGCCAUCUUGAGAACUUUCCUUUUAUUGUUGAUCUUACAUUGCUUGGAAGCCCCGACUUGGAGAGGAUCACCAAUUUCCCAAAUCUCGAGAAGCUUACCAUCACCGAUUGCCCAAAGUUGAAUGUGGUGGAGAGUAUCCCUGCACUCGAGAUGUUGGUCCUUGAGGAUUACAACAUGGAAGAACUCCCGGAAUACAUGCGAGAUAUAGAGCCAAGGCAUUUUCAGUUAUUCUGCAGGCUAUGGCUGCUCUGUUCGGUGGCUGCAGGCCAAUCUAGUCUCGAGUGGGACAAAUUCAGCCACAUGGAGCAUGUUAAGGCAUAUGCCUAUGAAUAUGAUGGUAUGAACAAAAGGAAAUGGUAUGUGUUGUACACAGGAGGAGACAACUUCAAGAUUGAUUCAAAUAUUAGCCGCUCUUCCAUAUUGAAAGAAACUUUAUCAUCUUCUAUGGUAGGAACACAAGGAUUUGAGUCUUUGUACAAAAUGAGAAGAAGUACCUUUAGUUACAUUUGCAGCUUGGUGAAGGUGCCCCUUUCCGAACAUAUGAUGGUAAACCGUCACACCUUCGUUGAUGAGAGGGUGUUGUCUCUCCAUGAUGCAGUAGCCAUCGCCCUGAGAAUGUUGAACUCUGGUGAGACGCCGGAGAUUGUAGGAUCCUCAUUUGGUGUGGAUGGGUCAUUGGUUUCGCUGUUAACUCGGAAGUUUGUUAAGGCUUUGGAAGAGCGAGCAAUGCACCAUAUCAGUUUGUCUGGCUCCGCUCAAGUGGAGAAGAUCAGGCGCAAGUUUGACAAGAUCCAUGGCCUCCCAAACCACUGCGGGGUUGUACAUACAACCCACAUCAAAUUUGGAUCAAAAAACCAUGAGAAUGAGGAAAAUGAUGGCAUGCUAUUGCAUGUCGUGGUUGAUGCAGAUAUGAGGUUUACGGGCAUUUCAUUGCGGCCGCAAGGUACCAUGAACAAAUCAAGAUUUUUUCACGACGCUUAUGUCGUCGUCGAGUCCCGCGUGGAGGGUGUUCGUCUGAAUGGUAGAAAGCUGAAUGUAUCAUCAGGUGCGGGAUUGGAAGUCAGUGAGUACGUAAUUGGUGAUAUAGAUGAUAAUAUCCCCUGGCUCCCCACACCUUACGAGUUGGAUAAUGACCUCUCACUCUCAGACGCCAAAGUUGAGUUCAAGAGGAGACAUUCUGCAGCUACAGAUGUUGCGCUGAGGCCGCUAACAUGGUUAAAAGAAACAUGGAAGUGCCUGGAGGGAGAAGGGUGGAAUCCAAAUAAUGAACGUGAGAUAUACUGGACAGUGAGCACAUGCUGCAUGUUGCAUAACAUAGUGAUAGAAAUGGAGAAGGAGGGUGUAGGCAUGCCGCGCGAUCGGGAGGAUAAUUACAUGCAUUGAGCAAGUGCCGCAGGUGGCAGAUGAGGGCGCCAUCGGGGUGAGGGAUGCACUGCCCCAAUACAUGAUCGAAUCUGGAGAGGAGGAACAAGAAGCAGCAACAAUUAAUUGCAUCCGAUUCAGAAGAUGAAAACAAGGAACAAGAAACACAUCAGCGACAAAAAGCUGGCCAGGAAAAAGAGAUGCAUGAUAGCUAGCUGCAGACAUCAAAUCAAAUCAAGCCGUCUUCUCCGCCUAAUUAAUUAACCUGGCCAUGACUAUGGAGCCAAAUUGGUGCUGCCACAUGAAUGAAAAGAUCGAUGAAUCGCGAAAAAAGACAAGUGUCAUGUAGGAUUUGUCACAUCUUUGGCAAGACAAGUAUGGUGUUGAGACAAGACUAUUUUUGUUGGGUCGGCAUGUUGCUUGCUUGUUUGCAAGUCUUACGGUUGUACAUACAUGAUGCAUGAGGAUAGGAGUGGCCUUCUUUCUUCUCAA